UCUCACAGCCAGAUCCGUCUGGUGUCAUUUCCGUGUUUCACUGCCAGCCUGUCGCGUUGUCUCGCCCUCCAGCAGAAGUCCGACAGUAGUACCGGGACUGCAAUGUUCGCCCCUCCGUCUCUCCAUCCGAGACACCUCUGCAAAGUCACUUGGACAGAGGGGGUUCUUUUGCGCACACACAACUUCGUGCCAAUCCAUGCGGAUCAGCAUGUGGAACUCACCAUUUGCCGAUUCUCCUAUUGGCCGGGUCGCCUAGGCGCCUCGCAUCACCCCGCCCCACUCCCACCUCUAGCUCCCCUCACCCUCAGCUCGAGCCCAGCCCACCCCACCCCACUCCGUGGCCCCGAUUGCAUCAUUCGCAAUUUGUGCUCAACUGACAACAAGCCAUGGCGUGGGUUGCGUCAGCCUCAAAACUCCGGAGGCGGGCUACUCGAGGCUGUGAUAUAUGGACAUGAUUUAUCGGCAGCGGCUGUGGUAAACAUGCCGGGUCUGGCCAACAGCCUAGCAUCAAACUGUAUUGGUCCGAACAACAAUCUCUACCCGAGCCUAGAUAGUAGUCUGGUGAGGUAUGCUAGAGCCGAAGAGUGUGCCACGGCUGAGCAUGACGCCUUCAACGAUUUCGACGCUUCCGACGCAUCAUUACGAGGCAGUCGCCGAGCCGACCGGACCGGCCGAGCAUGGAUCCGAAGGGGCGCUGGAAACACGGCCAGAGCAUCUAUCGUCUAA